ACAACCUCGGCCUUAGCCUCCGUCACGAUGUUGAGGCAAGUCUUGAUCGACGAGCUGGGUAUCAUCGAAGCAGAUCUCACCCCCGAUCAAAACCUGGCCGAUCUCGGUCUCGACUCGCUCAUGUCGCUGCAGGUGCUCGGGGUGAUGCAAGAGAAGGUCAACAUGGAACUACCUUCGAGCCUGUUCAUGGACUAUCCCACCUUUCGAAAGGUUGACGAGUUUCUUCAACGCUUAGGCGCUCCUUCCGUCGACUCGCAGGUGUCUCAGCCAUCUCAGCCAUCGCCACCGUCGCAGCCAUCGCGACCGACCGCAUCCGCCGACGCUCAGGCACGGCAGGUGACAGCUUCACUGUCCAAAUCGACCAAAGACGACCAAGCCAGCGUCCAAGAAAUCAUGAAGGAGGUAGGCACAACCAAGCCAGUCCUCGUGUCCGGCAGGUCCUUUGUCGGCAAACAGGCGCCCCUUUACCUGCUUCCCGAUGGUUCAGGCACUGGUGCCGUGUACAUGGAGACGGCGUCCCUUGGCAGGCCCGUCUAUGCUGUCACGUCCCCGCAUCUGGCUAAGAACAAACAUGCGAACUGGAGCGUGGAAGAGAUUGCUGCAAAAUAUCUGGAGUGCAUCGCCACCAUUCACCCUGGCAACCAGGAGCUCUUUUUGGGGGGUUGGUCCUUCGGAGGCAUCGUAGCUUUCGAAGCUUGUCGACUACUCGAGUCACGAGGCUCGAUCCCCGUCCUCGGUGUGCUCCUCAUCGACUGUCCCGACCCUACCUGGCCCCCUCUUCCCGACACUGUGCUCGACUGGGUUUACGGUCCGAACGGCAACCCGGAGCUCAAGAAGCAGGCACCUCCUGGAUUCUCUCCCACGAUGCGCUCCCACUUCGACUCGACUCUCGCCGCCUUGGCGCGGUACAAGCCGGCACCGUUGAAGGCAGGACCUCCCUUUAUCGUCGUCAAUGGCCUCGACGGGCUCGGCGGCAGUCCUGACGACGUCGUAGGAUACAACACUGCUGUCGGCUGGCUUCAGAAGGAUCGCCAGAACCUCGGUCUGCACGGCUGGGACAGGUAUCUCCCCGAGCACUCGGCAACGGUCGUCGAGGUUGAAGGCAACCAUUUCACGGUCUGCAAGAGGAACGCAACGGAAGCACUCGCGACGGCGCUGCAAAGCCUGUGGAGCCAAUCUUAGCAGGCUGCAAGGUAACGCCCAAUACCUGUACAUAGAAGUUCUU